GGGCGGGGCCUCGCAUCAACUUUGAGCCUGUUGCUGGUGAAGCCGAGCCUGGGGCCAAGCGAGGAACCUGUAGGCCGCGGUGCCGAGAACCCACAGAAGGACCUAAGAACCUGGAACGGUCCACCCGAGACUCCUUCCGGGACUGCCGGCGGCCUCGAGCAGCCAGCCCGGGAUUUGCAGCCGACCUCCUUUCCGAGUGGGAGGACGGCCUAUUGUCCCAGUAGCGCAGGAGUCGCCCCCUGCCCCCAACCGGCUCGCGUUCCGGGGUCCCGGUAGCGCGGGACCAGGCGGACUACCUGCGUGCGAUCAGCCUCGCCGCCCUUGCGCCGAAGCACCCCAGCCAUGAAGCUCAACUUUUCUCUGCGGCUGAGGGUUUUCAAUCUCAACUGCUGGGACAUCCCCUACCUGAGCAAACAUAGGGCCGACCGCAUUAAGCGCUUGGGAGACUUUCUGAGCUUGGAAAGCUUUGACCUGGCUCUACUGGAAGAGGUUUGGAGCGAGCAGGACUUCCAGUACCUAAGGCAAAGACUAUCGCACACCUACCCCGAUGCACACUACUUCAGAAGCGGAAUCAUUGGCAGUGGCCUCUGUGUGUUCUCCAGACACCCAAUCCAGGAAAUUACCCAGCAUGUCUACACUCUGAAUGGUUACCCCUACAUGUUCUAUCACGGAGACUGGUUCUGUGGGAAGGCUGUGGGACUGCUGGUGCUCCAUCUAAGUGGACUGGUGCUUAAUGCCUACGUGACCCAUCUACACGCUGAGUACAGCCGACAGAAGGACAUCUACUUCGCACACCGUGUGGCCCAGGCUUGGGAACUGGCCCAGUUCAUCCACCACACAUCCAAGAAUGCAGAUGUGGUUCUUCUGUGUGGGGACCUCAACAUGCACCCCAAAGACCUGGGCUGCUGCCUGCUGAAAGAGUGGACAGGGCUCCAUGACGCCUUCAUUGAGACUGAGGACUUUAAGGGCUCUGAUGAUGGCUGUACCAUGGUGCCCAAGAACUGCUACAUCAGCCAGCAGGACCUGGGACCCUUUCCCUUUGGCAUCCGUAUUGACUAUGUGCUUUACAAGGCAGUCUCUGGGUUCCACAUCUGCUGUAAGACUCUGAGAACCACUACAGGCUGUGACCCCCACAAUGGCACCCCCUUCUCUGAUCACGAGGCCCUCAUGGCUACUUUGUAUGUGAAGCACAGUCCCCCUCAGGAAGACCCCUGUCCUGCCCAGGGACCAGUGGAAAGGUCAGCACUGAUCAGCGUGCUGAGGGAGGCAAGGAUGGAGCUGGGACUCGGCGUGGUUAAAGCUCACUGGUGGGCUUCAUUCUCCGGCUAUGUGAUCGUUUGGGGGCUGUCCCUCCUGGUGUUGCUGUGUGUCCUAGCUGCAGGAGAAGAGACCAGGGAAGUGGCCAUAAUCCUCUGGAUGCCCAAUGUGGGUCUGGUGCUGGGGGCAGGUGCAGUCCACCUCUUCCACAAGCAGGAGGCCAAGGGCUUAUGUCGGGCCCAGGCUGAGGUGCAGCAUGCUCUGGCAAGGGAAGCGGGGACCCAGGACCUAGGCUCAGAGCCUCACCUAGCCCACUGCCGGCAGGAGGAGAGCUGAAAAACAAUAAAACCCGCUUGACACACUCUA